AUGGCGGCGUCGCAAACCUGGUUUCUUGCCUUCUGCGUCUUCACCUGUUCUUAUAGUUCCCAGAAAGACGUGGAUUUUGCUGGGCAAAGUUAUUUAAGGCAAGCAAUGACCAUUGGUGUUUCUUCAUCAGAUCAAAACCUGAAUACUUCUGCAAUUGCGGCUGUGUCAUUACCACUGGAUUCUACCGCUAUUGCGGCAGCGGUCGUUAGUCUCUGCCAGAAUCAACAACAGGCGUCGUCAACGACUGCUGUUUUUACUACCAGUUCAAGCCCCAAGCAGUCCGAGAGCACCCGUCCCAAGCUCGAGCGCGUCCACAGGGUCCGGCUCAACACCUGUGCUUACAACCUUUCAAAGUACCACUUUCACAUCAGAGCCAACGAGCACAGCACAAUCUGCAGCCUCGACAUCAACCGUUCGGGGAAGCUCCACAGCCCCUACGACUUCUUAUCCUACCACCAACAGCUCAACCGUGCCAUCUACGGAGAAUACGGGAUCAACCAUGAGCCCUACCACUUCGAUCCCACUGACACCUUGCAAGGCUUUAUUUAUUGCCGAUCUUUC